GGAGCGCCAGGGUCUCUCAGCUCGUUGGGUCUUGGCAGCCUGCCAGUGAGCUGAACUGCAUAUGCCUGUGAGCCUGUGAGCCUGUCAAGAAGGCACCUGUCUCCACAACUCCAUCCCGAGUCGUUCAACAGGCAUAUUCGUACUUCCGAGGUCGGUACCUGCCUAUUCACUUCCAGGUUCACCAUUGUGACUUCAUCGGGAGGACGGACUAAACAGCAGACAAAGGCUGUUUAGUCAGUCUCAUGGCCUUGACUUUAGUUUUGGGGUUUCUCACAAAUAUUUCCACUCGUUGCCGUUAAUUUGACAAACACACAGCUUCCUUCAUUGCAUCCUAUCCUUGCCCUUCUUGGACUUUGAGUCUUAAGACCGAGUUUCUAUAUUCAUCAUAUUCACUUAUCGUUAUUUUUACCUCCUUUAUGAGCUACCCUCACCGGAUUUACACAAUGAAUAAACCAGAGACAGAGAUCCUGGUUCAUAUCGCAGCACCAGCUCGGGCCAGUGAUGAUGUUAACUAUCGGACCCUAGCGGCUGCCUACUUGGACUUCGAGCCGGUAGCACACAAAUCAAUUGUCUUCGGCCCAUCGGCAGAAGAUGAGGGUGUAGGCAGGCUCGGUGUGGACAACACACACAAGGCACUACCACAGACAAAAGCGGCAUCUCACUCGGCAUCCUUUGGAUUCAUCCAGUCCCCAAUGCUCUCCUUCCAGAGCGUCACACACAACUUUGGAUCCCCUGGCUUACAACAGCCCGAAACAAAGGAUGUGGUAGAAUCCCAGUCGUCGUGGGUGGCACCCCCGAGCAUUGUUGAGGACUCGAUGCCGGAGAAUGACAGCGUGUUCGCGCGGUACUGUACACCGACGAGACUCUUAGCCCACUACACCUCGACCAUGGACUCCUCCUCGCCGGUCUCCGAAAGGAAACAGCUCCAAACGCUCCCUGUAUCCAGCCCAUCCCGGAGGAAAAGCCCAGACCCAGACCAAGAAACCUCCGCAGAACAUAACAACAUCCAACACCAGACGCCGCACGUAAAUCUCGGCACGGUCAUUCCCCUCUCGCCCGGCGGAGACCAGAAACGCCGCCGACCACCAACACCAACGACAUCAGGGAUCAUCGAAGAGACCCGCAUCGCCUCCUCCUACCCAAGCCAGCCCACCAACGCCUCUUCCUCCUUCCGCGCCGACUCCGAGCCACCACCCCCCAAACGACCGCGUACCUCCCGGGACCCCUCGCCAGGCAAACCCCUAGCCAGGAGCGCGAGCGACGUCGGACCCCAACCAUCAACCACCACAACCACCCCCUGCCUCCCCCCGGAUAGCCCCCUCUCAAUCCACUCCCCACCCCCGCUAACCAGCCACCGGACCCUGCACCCAGACGACAUGAUCACCGACGUCCUCGCCAGCCUCGCGCGCUCCCUCAACCUCGCCAAACGCUUCCAGCCCGCCUCGCAGACCCGCCCCCUCCGGCCCUUCGAGCGCGGUUACUGGCUGGUCGACUGCAGCGGGUGGGACGCCGGGCUGAAGCGCUCCGCGUGGGCCUUUCUGGCCGACUACCUGGGCAAGGGCGCCGCCGGGUGGGGCACGUCGUGCACGCGCGACGCGGGGUUCUCGUGGCUGCGCGUGUAUUGCUGGGGCGGGGUGGUCGGGCAUAUGUAUCUGGUGCUGUAUCUGAUGAGUAAGAGGAGGGUGCUGUAUACCGGUGCCGAGUGGGUGGGUGCUGAGGGGAGGGCGGUGGUGGUUAUGGGGGUGAGGACACCGCCGCCGCCGCCGCCGGUGGGAGGGGUGUGUGAGGGGGAUUGAGGUAUGGUGGGGUAAAGAGGGGGGGGGGGGGG